CUCCACUGUCACAUGUCUCAACCUCAGUUUUUCUUCCCCAAAGCGUCACCUCGCACAUGGGCCACCCCUAAAAUAUAAUCAGGGCCCAUACACCUAUUGGGCUCUCAUCGAAGUCCAUUUGAUCAGAAUCUACCAAAUAGAUCUUCGUCUUCAGAGUUUUUCAUUCGGUUAACGACUUCACCUGUUUCCGCUACUUAACUCACUGCAAAACCCAAAGCUCAGCCAAACGUAAAUAAAAAAUGUCCAGAGAUGCAAACAGAAACGGUGCUAUGUCGAAAAACGCUGAAAACGACGAAGACGAAGCUCCGUCACGGAGAGAUUCCAGGAAGUCGCGAGAAAAUUCGGACGUAGACUCAGAAUUCGACAGAAAGCACAACAAUUCGCGGAGAGGAAGCUCCGAUUCCGAAGACGGCGAUAGGCGGCGCCGGAGGAAUAGGAAAUCGAGGCGUCGCUACUGCAGCGAGUCGGAAUCUGGUUCCGACUCCGGGAAAGCACGAGAACAUUCUGAAACCGAUAGAAAGCACAGCAAUUCGAGGAGAAAAUCGCGGGGAGGAAGUUCGGAUUCCGACGAAGGAGAUAGAGCGCACCGGAGGAAGAGGAAAUCGCGGCGGCGCUACAGCAGCGAGUCGGAUUCCGACUCCGGCUCGGAGGAGUCCGAGUCGGAACGGUCCGGUUCGGAAUCGGAGAGUGAGGAGGAGCGGAAGCGGAGGGAGAAGAGGAGGAGGAGAGAGAAAGAGGAUGAGAGAGAGAGGAAGCGGAGGAGGAGAGAGAAAGAGAAGAAGAGGCGGAGGAGAGAGAAGGAGGAGGAGGAGAGGAGGAAGAAGGAGAAGCUGAAGAAGAAGAAAAAGAAGAAGGAGAAGGAGGAGAGAGGGAAGGGAGCGGUGACGAAUUCUUGGGGGAAGUAUGGUGUUAUUAGAGAAACUGAUAUGUGGACCAAACGACCAGAGUUCACUGCAUGGUUGGCAGAAGUAAAGCAGGUGAAUCUGGAGAAUAUGUCCAAUUGGGAAGAAAAACAGAUGUUCAAAGAAUUCAUGGAGGAUCACAACACAGCUACCUUUCCUUCCAAAAAGUACUACAAUCUUGAUGCUUACUACAGGCGUGAAAUGGAAAAGGAGAUGAAAAAAGGUUUUAAGAAGGUCCAGGCAACAGAGCGCACUAUUUUCAAUGAUGAAGAACAGCGCAGGCAAGAAUUGUUGCAAGCUCGUGAAAAGCAUAAGGAAGAGCAAGUGAUGGCGUUGAAGCACUCUAUGCAAACUGGAAUGGCACAGGCAAUGAAAGAGCAAGCUCAACUUAGGGAGGAGAUGGCUUACCAGUACAAGCUUGGAAACUUUGAGGCUGCUGCUGCUAUCCAGAGAAGGUUGGAUCCUGAUGCUGCCAUAUAGUUGGACAUACUUACUGUAAAUUGAAGAGUUGGGUGAUAGGGUAACAAUGUUCCCGUCACCAUGAGGAUUAAUUUUAUGCCAACUAUGUGUCUUUUGGCUUAGUAUUAGCAUGCCGUGGAUGGGUUAUUUUCUGAUGGAUGAAUAAAUUUUCACGGUUACUGGCUCCUGUUAUGUCCACCAUUGCUAAUUGAAGAGUGUUGCUUUUUAACAUGGAGAUUUUGGCAUUGUAGUUGACUAAGUAACCAUUUCAAAACUAAGAGUUUAAGCUACAUGCAUGGCUUCAAAAUUGUCCAUCACUCCCACACUGAAAUUGACUAUUGCAUGUGAACAGUCUUUUAAGUGAAAAAUUUGUUCGACCGUUCAUCUUUUCAAA